AUGAUCUCUGGUUCCGAUCCUCCAACAAGUUCGACACAAGAUGAUCAUCCAACAACAAAAAAACAUCUUACUCCAUCAUCAUCUUCGGAAUUUGAGGAGCAUAAAAAGAGGAAAAUACAAGAUUCAUCAUCUAGCCAACAACAACAAGUUCAAAACAAGGCAGAAUAUUUGAGAGGAUUUUUACAACGUUUACGAACGUGGGGUUUAGGUGCAACUCCAACCUCGGUCCAAGCCUUGGUGUCUUUUCUCACCAAUCACAGUGAAGAAUUUUUUGAUGACUUUCAACUUUUUGUUGAGAACGCACAGAAAAUAAAAGAGAGGUUUGCAAAAGUGGAUGUCAACGAACGAUCUACAUCAACACAAUUGCGUGAGGAAUUUGUGAAGAAUUCGUUGAAUUCUUAUGGCUCCGAUUCUUUUGUUUUUGGAAGAAAUUCAUCUACCAUCAUGGAUAGUAUUGACAGUGGCGAAGUUGUUGUUUUAGUCAGCGAUGAGGACGAAGAUUCGUCGCUCGAGCAACACAUGAUGGAAGAUCAGUCCAUGGGAGUUACGAGUAGUUCAACAACUUAUCAAGAUGAUGAUAGCAUAGAAGAUGUCACCAUUACCUCAUCAGUGGCAAGUAGCUCCGCCAAUGAGCAGGUCACCUUAGCGCCUAAUUCGAAAUCAAAUGGCAGAAAUUGGAGUCGUGAGAAAUGGUUAACUUCUCUCACUGAACAAUUGACUAAUUUCAAUGUGGAUCGAUUAACUGAGCAGCAGAAAAAGGCUUACAAAACAAAUAGUCAUUAUUUAUUAGAAUCGACGGCUAAAAAGGACUCCAAUAAGCGGAGGUAUAGAAAUUUAUUCAGAGAAUUUCCUGCAUUGUUUUAUAUUUAUUCAUAUACAAACUUUAUUGGACGAAUAACCAUGGUGAAAUCAAUAUUUGAAGAUCAUCCAGACUUGAAACCCUUAACCGAACUUCCUAAAGACAAAAUUAUUUGGUAA